UAUGUAUAUCAUAUAACAUUUAUUAGCUUUACGAAGCGUCGUGCUUUUGCUAAGCAUUGUUUAAAAAAAUAUUUGUUCUAUUAAAAUUUUUCGUAGUAUGCGCCAAAUAUCGAAUUCGUCGAUACAAUCGAUAACUUUGAGUUUUGAAUUAGUUUCAAGUUAAAUAUACACACAUUUGUUGUUAAUUAUGACAUCAUUUUAUGACAAUUAUGACUAUUAUAAAAAAAUGCUGGAAUUGCAGGAAAAAUUGCGAAAGAGUGAAGAAGAGAGAAUAAGAUUAGAAGAGAGAUUCAAAAUACUCGUACAAGAAUCUCGUAAUAGGCAUGAUGCGUGUAUAAAUCGAUUACGUUUAAGAUAUAUAGAGUUUUUAGAGGAACAGCGUACAAGAGAUGAAAGAAAUCAUAAACUUCUUGAAGCAUUGGAUAGAGUAGACAAUGACCUUGCAUUGAUGACUGCAAAAACAGAUAAACUUAAUGCUCUUAGAAAACAAUAUGAAGCUUAUCUUCAUCGUAUAUAUACAGUUCCUAGCCCGUCGACGAAUAUUAUUGAUGGCGGCAAUGUAACGAAUCCAAGCGAAGAUAAAUAUUUAAGGAGAGACGCUAUCGCGAAACAGAUUUCUCUUGAUGUAGAAAAUACUUCAUCAUCUCAAUUAUUGUGGUUGGACGGUCAUAAAAGUCAAUCGAUUUCUCUAUUAAAGUCAAAGUCAAAGUCAACUAAAUCAGCGGAAAAUACGUGUAACGAUUAUUAUCAACAAAAUAACACGCAACCCAGAAUUUCAAGUCAACCAAUAAGUAACAAGAAUAUUUAUCCGUCGAUUUCACAAAACAAUGAAAUGAUAAAACAACCAGUGACGCAGAGCUUACAAAAUUUUGAACAAAAACAAUCGUACGUUCAAAUCGAUCCACAUUUGCAUAUUCCACGUGUGUCAUCAGGUCGAUUAUGUUCGUUGAAUCAACAAACUUCUUCGCAUUACAACUUCAAUAAACCCUUGACACAACGGAUGGAAAUAUCGCCAACUGCGUCGCAUUUUACAGUUCCAGAACAUACCAAUGGUAAUAUAUCGCCGUAUACGUCUUUGAAUGUAUCUCAAUAUCGAUUUGCUCCAAUGACUCUAGAUUAUGUUCGUCCAUCAAAUGUGCAGUCUUUUCAACAGAAAAGUAACAAAGUUUCGUUACACGAUAUGGAAACACAGACAAGAUGCGUCGGUGCAUUUCCAAACGAAACGUCCUCAGUUUAUACCAUAUCCACACCUAUAGAACGAAAUAUCUGUUGCAUGCCCUCGUUGAACAAAUCUGCAAAUUUAUCGAAACAAGCUUCUCCGCGUUAUUUCGAUUACUCAUGGAAGAAACCCGAUCAUUUCAGAUCAAGGCAUAAAUCUAUUAGCGGUGCUUCUGUUGUACGGCCGCUAGUAACUUCCGGUAUCGACAACACGAUGAGACGAUAUAAAUGCUUUACACCAGAAACUAAUACUCAGAGGCCGAGUGCGAGACAAUCCGCUGUGGAACAAGAAAAAAAUAGAACAACAACGAUCGUAGAGAACGAAUUAGACAGGUACAUAGAUAAGAUUCGGAGACUUCAUCGUGACCUUGAUGCGCAAAGUUUAGAGGAGAUUGAACAGGAGCGUUAUAUCGGUGGUAAUACGCUUGACGUUUCUUUAUCGGAUGAUAAUUUGUCGGAGGUUCCUACGGGAGAUCAAUCGAAAGAAGAUCUUCCCAAGGAAGUCGAGAAGGUUUUAGCAUUAGCGGACGAUCUUGCAUCUAGAUCAGUGGAUUUGGACGUUGCCAACGAAUCUGGAAAAGGACGCGCGAAUAAAAAUAGAAGUGUCGAAUUGGUUCAAACCGCGAAAGACGGUACACCGAUUUUAGAAAGAAACUACGUUGCAUUUUCGGAUACGCGCAACGAUCGCAAAACAUUAGCUGCUCUUGCAAAACACGAAAUUAGCGAGGAUAUUAAAUUACACGAGACAAAAUUAGAUUCACAUCAAAAUGUUGAAAAUUCUGGGAAGGAAAAUCCGAGUGAUACAUCAGAGCACUAUGAACAAAAAUUACCCAAAAUGGAUGAGCAAGUUGAUUUCAUGGUUCCAUCAGGUGACAAAGUUGUGGAACAAGACAUUAAGAAUAUUACGCCCAAAAAUAUACAAAGAGAAGAGUACGAUGAAAAAGAUGGAAACGUUUAUAUCGCGGCAGAAUCAAAUCUUGAUCAGUAUUGGUUUGAUAUUGCAGAAGAAUUAGAACCAUGGGAUCUAGAUGUUCUGCAGAAGCGAAUAAAAGAAGUAGAUUUAAUUCAUGAAGCUGAAAAUCAAUUUGAUAAGAAGGAAAUUGUUACUGACACUCCAAGUCAAGAUUAUGUAAAGCAAACUGAACCUUUGAAUGAAAUGAGAACCACGGGAAAUGAAAAGAAUAAGAAAGAUUCUAACGAAGGCACGCAUGGAGAAGAUGUAAAUUCGGAUAUCGGAUUAGAACAAAAAGAUAUCGUAUGUCUUGAGUCAAAAGAAGAGCUUGCAAGUGAAAACAAAAUAAGUGAAAUUUCCAUCUCGCAAGAUGAAAAAGAUAAAGGUUAUACGACCAACGAAAAUAUUGUUGAGAAUAUAGAACCAGCGAGAGAUCAGAUUAAUGAACAGAAUGAAUUUGACAAUGAGCAGAAACAAGAAGCUGACGAAAUUAAUGUUACGUCUGCUGUAGCUCAAGGUAACGAACAAGAUGUACAAGAUUACGAAUAUGGUAAUGAAAAUUACUAUGAAGAUUCUAAUCAAGCUGAAAAUUAUGCGCAAAAUUAUGAAACAGAGUAUACUGGCUUGAACGAGGGAUAUAAUUACGAUCAAAAUGCAUCGUACGAAAACAAUCAGGAUGAGAAUUACGAACAAAAUAUGUCAUACAACGCUGACCAAGAACAAAAUUACGAUCCAAAUGCUGCGUACGAAGCGAAUCAAGAUGGAAAUUACAAUUCAAACGCGUUGUAUGAUGCCGAUCAAACGCAGAAUUACGAUCCGAACGCGUCUUAUAAAACCGAUCGAGAUCAGAAUUAUGAACAGACCGUCUACGAAAAUAAUCAAGGCCAAGAAUAUCAAGAAUAUAUUAAUCAAGAAUAUGUACAAGGGUCGAGCGAACAAUACGGAGAAUACGCCGGUGAGCAAUACGGUUCUGAAAAUCAGUAUGAACACGAUCCGAACGUACAGUAUCAGGAAAACACGGAUCAACAAUACGCGUACGCUUAUGAUCAACAAUACGAUUCCAAUCAAGAAAACGAUCCCAAUGUAAAUCAAUCUUUUUCAUAUUCCGAUUACGAUCCUAAUCGGGCGGAGCUCGUGCAAGAAGAAGAUAAACCGAAUGAGGAAUUGCAAGGAGAGCCAAAACACGAGGAGGCAAAGGGAAAAGUUGAUACGGCUCAGAGUAAAAAUGAGACGUCGGUUUCCGAAAAUGGGAAGAAAAAGAAAGCUGUAAUUAAAUCUUUGUUGGAUUCUGAUACGGAUAGCACGAUCGAAAGAAACGUUUCGAACACAGAAAGUGAUUAUAAUUUCAAUUGAAACGCAAGAAAUUAAGGAGGGAUUUGUAUGAAAUGUAUUCCAGUAUAAAAAUAUUUUCUCGUUAUAUUUCUCAACGCACGUUUAAGUGAUAUUACGCCUAGAUAUACAUCAGACAAUGUAAGUUUAAUUCCAACGUAAUAAAAAGUUACGUAGCGGAUUUCAAAAAAGAAACAAAAAAAAAAAAAAAAAAAAGAAAAUAAAAAUAAGAUCGUUCCUGUUACAUUUUACUUUCGUCGUUGUUUUCAUUUCGUUUGAUAGGAACUAUUAUUUUUAUAACUAUUGUCGGAGAACAUACUAUUUUUAGAAUUUUUAUCUCAAAGCUGUUGUCCGUAGUUUUAAUGUAUAUCAGGUAUAUAUACAUAUGUAUAAGUUUCGAGAUAUAAAUAGGGAUUUGUAGACUAAUUAAUCUUUCGAAUCUUAGCAGUCACGAUUUGAUAGAAAUAGAGGUUAGAAAUUUCAAUUAGAAAUUUCCUUUUUUUUAUAAUUAUCAGUUUCCUUCGAAUUUUAUGCAACGAUAUAAUAUAUAUAUAUAUAUAUAUCGUGUCCUUUCGAAACAUUUAAAAGAUGCAUCAACGAUGGUGAGUCGCGCGAUAUGGAUUUUCGCAAGAUCGACUGUCGCGAGUCUGCGCCGGUCAUGUGACGCACUUCGCGUUGCUACCGUGCCACUCCACCAAUCGUGCCCAUUGCCGUAUAUUUCCCUUGUUGCUAACUACUUUUAAGGUUACAGGUGAAAAAUUUUACAUUAUUACGAGAUAUUUUGCUGUUGCAUUAACGUCGAUCGUACACCCGAUAUUUUCACGAUCAACGAUUCAAAUGACAUUCAUUUUAAAAUCAGUGAACAGUAAAGUAGAAAAUUUUCCUAUUUAUCAAUAAAUUUAAAUACUUUGAAACUGUAAUACAUUUAUUAUAUGUAUUCUACUGUAAAAAAAUUACCUAUUAUUUCUGUGUAUUUUGUACAUUAUAUAUAUGUUAAUAAACAAGCAAAGUUUACGUUUAGAAAUGAGGUUAUUUCAUUACGGUCGUUGAAACUGUAAAAACGUAUGUACGUCCGAUUUUUUUAAGAAAAGAUCAAUAUAUUGUGAAAUUGAGACAAAACAAAGGGUCGCAAUCGUAAGCAAAUUCAGGUUUAUUGUUAUUUUCACCGUUUGGGUCAAUUUUUUUUUAAAUCGCUCGUCGAGUUUACAGAAAGGUCCCCGAGAUGGUAGAUACGAUCCUAUACGACGCAUCGUGGCUGAAACGUGCAGUGACAGUCGGUAGCUAACAGCACGUUCCAGCGUGCCGGAAAUCGUAAUCGUGGUGUUUUCUUUUUUAUAAAGAAGUGUAUUUCGUAUAUCAUUGAAUAUUAAAGUUCUUCCUCUCAUACUUUUUACAAAUCAGUGGUCCUGCAACAGUAAUACAUGUAUACGGACCUUUUUCUUUUUCAUACAGAUCAUUGAAACGACGUUUGUGACCUUGUUAUUAUCUGUAUAGAAAGUUAUUCUAAGAGGCAAAUUGGAAAUGCUUCGAUGAAUGUAUACAUUUAUUCGAACAACAGAUAUUCAGUAAACAGUGUUCUGUGAUUAUUUUGACCAACGUGUGUAAUGCAUACACGUAAUUUUCUAUUGUAACUCGUUCAUAUCUGGCAAAACAUUAUUCUUGAUUCAAGCAGAGGAACAAACACACACGCUGACAUUUUGCUCCUAAGCAUUGAGAAUAGCGGAAAU